AUGGCAGUGAUCAUCAGCUACAGAUUGACAUCAUGGAACCUACCCUACGUGGCAUAUGUCAAGGCGUUUGGCAAAUGCCAUGAUCAGGCAUCUCCAUUCGGCCCUGCUGGCACCACCCCUCCUUACCUCAACAUUCCCAGCCCGGGAGCUGCAUCGUCUGCGCAUCAAACAUCGGACCCAUCGCCAACAACCAAACUCGUACAUCAUAAAAGAGCUCUGGAUCGCUCUAGUCUCCUUUUACAGGGGCGCCACAGGGAGCUGUUAACCAUCUCUAGCAGAGAAGACCGAAUCACCUUGACAGACUACUUCCACGACUUCUAUAUGUACUCGUUUGUCACUGCAAAAUAUUGGGGCAAAGGGCCAAGGCGCUGGACGCCUGCAGUGAUAUCUGCGCUUACACUUGGCUCAUCUGAUAGGAGGCUGGAGGCACUGCAAGCGCCAUCCCAACUUUGUCGCUGGUUGAUAUAUGUCCCGCGUAUAAACUAUGAGCACAUCCCCGACAUUCCUGACUCGAAUCCUGACGCUGAGCGAGACGACCUCGAUCCCAACAGCCUCAACUUCUGGCAGGAAUGGCCAUCGGAUCCUGGUUCCUCAUAUACCGAGGUCAUACAUGAGUCGAUCACCCAUGGCUCCUUUUCCCGCAUUCCAUCCGACACACUCCCCCUUUCCACUCAAUUGAUCACAGAAUCUGUGCGGCAGCAUUCAAAGGCAGUCGAAUUGGAUGCUUGGAAAAUGGCAAUCAUGUCUGGCAAUGUUGAGCUGUUGGUCACUCUCUGGGAAAAAGAGGAGGCGUUACCAGAAAAGAUUGCUGAUAUCCACCCAAUCCACCUCGCUGCUACCUUCUUGGACGGCGCAAACACCGGCUGCCGUAUGAUCGCUGAGCUAAUCUCAAUGUUACCUUGGAUGUACCUUCGAAACUACCCCCUAGACGAUCUGGACCACACCCUCCUCGACAAAUUCAUGAUCAACAUUCUUCGCUCACACACCAGUGUCUACCCUGAGGAAGUCAGCAAUGCCUUUAACCCACCGCAUCGAUUUCCGGGGGAAGAAAAGAACAACUGCGGAAGAUGGGACGCUGAUUCUCCUGUCAUCCGAGCCCUCUUCUGCAGCGGAUACUCCCGAAUCCCGAAUGACUGGAAGCACGCAUUCUGCCAUACCGCCAUACAAGCAAUAUGCCACAGUAGCAUCGCAAUAUACGGGUCAUCAUUGUCCCCAGAUAUCAAUGCUCUUAGUGGCCUAUUUGUCCGACGUUGUGGGCACUGUGGGUUGCAACUAAAACUUGGACCGCUUCAUGCUCUUGUCGUUGUGACCUUCUACCUUGCGCAUCGGGGAAUGUCAGGAGAGACACUAUUUGGACCUCUUGCAAUUUUGGUCUGUCUGAUGAGUAUUGGGGCUGAUCCGCUACUGAAGACGAACAUGUCUGUGGAAGACAUCCUGGGAACAGCCGAACCAGACCGAUGUCAUCAUAGGCCACUAGAUGCAUUGGAUUUAAUGGAAGCAGUCCCGGUGUCCCUCCAACAAACUUGGACAUCAAAGUGCCACACUGGCUGGCUCUGCAUCACGGAGAUUUUCCGGAUGCAUCGCGACCGGCCCACCGCAGCUGUCGACGACAGCUCCGAGUCCGAUGAGGAAUCGAUAUCUGAGCCCCAUCACCCAGUUUGUCAGCUAGAGGAGCGCAUUAUCGGAGCAGAGUUGCACGACGAAUGGCUUAAGUGGCCCCGACCAAAACCCAAGCUGGCCCUCCUCUGGGCGACUAUCCAAGCCGAGCUGCUCACCUACCGCCGCAUUAAAAUCGGGGAUGGCUGGAUGUCAGAGAACUUUUCGAUGACUGCUCUAAACGACUGGUUGGAAGGAAAAUCUGCCACGUUCAAAACACCGUUAGUGGAAAGGGACAUGCUGAAAGAGUAUUCGACGUGUUGCGGAUGGUUCUUGUGUGCGGGAUUCCCCACACCUACUGCCGGAGAUGUCUGCGAAACGCAUUUCAUGAACAUGGAUAUCUACGAUAGAACCACAUUCCACCCACAACAGGAUAUCACAGACACUUGGAUGGAUAUGGCGAUGGAAGAGGAAUCAUAG